AAUGAAGGCAUAUGUAUUGUAGGUAGCGUGUGUAUGCUUUACAUUUCACGUGUAUCGAUAGUCACGAGGGACGUAAUCAGCUGGAUAGCAGCUUUUAUCAGUUUUUAAGGUGAUGUGAUUGUUGCUGUUGUCUGUGAACCGCUUAUAAAUAAUUCAAAUACUCCACUUCUGUUCAUUUUCUAUAAUCAGUGCAAUCACACUGCUUCUGCUGCUGCUGCUUGGAUUAUCAGUUGGCAUUAAAAAGAUGCUUGGCAAUACCUGAAAUGCAAACAAAACGAACGCCGUCCACAGUGAGAUUGCAGAACAUAAAGAUCAAAUGAACAACGCAGGCACUGGGAAUGAGGAGCAGUGUGCUCUGCUGGCGGACUCGUCCGCCAGCUCUGGGUCGACGGCAUCUGUCUCCGAUGAAGAGACAGCUGCAAGGCAGCCCAGGAUCAAGCUGCGGGGAACCAUGAAGCUGCAGCGGCGAACGCGCUUGCCUCUGCCAAGAAUUUUGCGUCGGUUUGGAUGCUACACCCUAAUGGCAUUAUUUAUUUUCCUUCUGCUACUUGUCUACCUGCCAUUGAUGUACAUGGAUGGGCAUAAGCGUCGAGUGGGUUUACCGGACUGGACACUGGAGACCUCCCGGAGCAUAGGCGAUUACAUAGACCCUGUGCAGGAGACAGCACUGAUUGUGCCGCGGGAAUUUUGUCGGAACAAAACCUUCCUGAUAAUCGCCGUUUGCACUAGCUUAGGCAACUUUAUCCAACGACAGACAAUACGAGAGUCCUGGGGAAACACUUCGGAGUUUAACUACGGAGCCUUUGUGAAGUUGCAUGGUCAUUUCAAGGGAAACUACUUGCCACCGAUGACGGCGCGCCUGAAACAUUAUGCUGAGUACCUAAGCGGUGAAGGUGAUUCAUUGUCUGCUUCCGUACGAAUUGUGUUUAUUGUGCGUCGCAGCAAGUACGAAUCCCUUGUGGGUAACGAAACGUUAUCUCGAGUUCACAGCGAGGCGGAUAAGUACAACGACAUUAUUCAGAUGAGCUUUGUAGAUAGCUACAACAAUCUAACACUCAAGUCGGUGAUGGCCUUGAAGCACAUAAGCCGAAGUUGUGCCAAUAGUACCGCCUACUUCCUCAAGUGCGACGACGACACCUUUGUAAAUGUCCCCAAUCUGCUGCACUUUCUGCUCGGCGGCUCCGUUCCGCUGUACAAUGAUACUCUGGACUAUCACGAUCGUUACACAUUCCUUGUGAAGUCGCCGCAUAUCACGCGACAUCAUCACCCGCUCUUCAGUUUUGCCAACUCAAAGCAUCUGUGCGCCUUCAAGGGCAGCAUUACGCAGCAUCAGGUAAAGGACGACACCAUGGUGGAGGCAUGGAACUAUGUGUCCGACUACAAGAUUAGGUGCCCGCCGCCAGGUCGUUACUUCAACCACAUGCGAUUGCACAAACGCCCAAAUUGUUAGUAAUAGAAGCGCCCAAGACAGGCUUGAAUGACAGAUGUUCUUCUUGCCCCUACUUUUUAAAGACCCAGAAAUACUUCAUUAUUAUUUAUACACGCCGCACAAUUUGUUAUUACUCACAAGAACCCACUUUAUGUUCCUGAAAUUAUAAUUAACAGAAUACUCUAGCACAUCUGAUAUGUCCACAUAUAAGAAAAGUGAUAUAUUAACCCCAACAAACCAAUCAACUCAUAGAUAUAGUGCUUGUAUUAUUUUAUACCCGGUUACAUUGAAGAUCGCAACGUAUAUUGAGUUUUUGUUAUUCCCAUCCGAUGUAAUAUUCUUCUGUCAGAUCUAAUUGAUCUAAUCGAAUGUAAUUUGCGUGUGCAGAAGCUCCAUUAAUCCAUAUCAUUUAAAAAUGUAUUGCAUAUAAGGUGUAUCACAUAAAUAUAUGUAAAUGUACUCCUCCGUUCUAAGCUUCCGAUUUGUUGAAUCAAAUAAAACAAAUGUAGACUACA